AGACGAGAAAGAACAUUCCGGAAUUGCGGAAGUAAAAGUAGGAGUGGAGGCAAGAAAACGACGUUCAAAAUUUUGAGAGCGUUCAGACUGCAGUAUCUACAUUUUCAAGAUGGCAGAGUUUUCCGUGGUGACAGCGUCCAACGUCAACGUGCAAAUUUCCAGCUCCCUGAGCAGUUUUGGCUCAGAGAAACGCUUCGACAAGAGCCUGACAAUCGGCGCGCUGAAGAUGAAGCUGGAGCUGAUCACAGGCUGCCCCGCAGCACACAUGGACCUGCAGGUCUUCACAAAGGAGAACAAACUGGUCACGACGAUGGACAACAACGACGCCCUGCUGGGGUCUUAUCCCGUGGAUGACGGCAUGAGGAUUCAUGUUGUGAACAAAGAUUCUUCCAUUCAAGUAGGAGACUUUGAGGAUGUUUCCAAAGUGGAGAAGUAUGAGAUGAAGGAUGAGGACUAUGAGAAGAAACAAGACUCUGUUCUGGGGUGGAAGAAGAGAAACAAGCUGGGCAGGUUUGCAGAGAAGAGUGAGGAGGAGAAGGCGCGUGAGGAGGAGGAGAGACAACGGAAGGAAAGAGAGGAGGAGGAGGCUGCCAAGGCCAUCUCAGUAGGCUCACGGUGUGAGGUCAAAACAGCCAAUGCGCCCACAAAAAGGGGGGAAGUUAUGUAUGUAGGAAUGACGGACUUCAAACCAGGCUGGUGGGUUGGGGUGAAGUAUGACGAGCCACUGGGAAAGAAUGAUGGCAGCGUGGCUGGAAAGAGAUAUUUUGAAUGCCCUCCCAAGUAUGGAGGGUUUGUCAAGCCUGUUUUCGUCACUGUUGGGGACUUUCCUGAGGAUGACUUUGGAAUGGACGAUGAUGAGAUGUAAAUUAUGAAAAAGAAAUGAAGCCAACAGAACCAUAAUUGUCACAGUGAACUUUGUAUACCAUACAAAAUAGGAUAUGUAUAGUUAUGUUUAACAUUUGAUUUUACAAUGCAUUUGUAACAUACUCUAUCAUUUUGACAACUUUUCCAUCUAUUAAUGCAAUCUAUAGAUUAUUAUAGUUGCACAAAGCCACGGGUGAUAAUAUCUUCUGAUUAUGUACUAGUAUUACUUUGUCAAUGAAAUAUGUACAUUUUUGGCUACUCUCUCUUUCCUAAUAAGAUAAUUAAUUUUUGUAAAAUUUGAUGCCUUUGCACAUGAAAUUGAGUGCUUAUUUUGAUGCACUUUGGAGUGAGGUGUAACUAUUAAAUGUAUAUUUGGUUUGACCAAUGAGCUCCUUAGUUUGGCUGUGUUCUUCACCUGUGGUUUGUGUGUUUACAUUUAUGAAAGCAGUAAAGUGGUAACUUAA